ACCAAUAAAUAGUCCUUUGGCUAUUAAAACUGAGCUCUUGCUCAUUGCUAAAGUGGUGCCAUUGCAGUUUGAUAGGGAAAAGAAAUACAGUUCAGCUCACUGGGGAAUUAGGAGUCCUUGCAAGGAGAGAACAAAUCCAUGCAUCUGCCUCUUCAGCACAGCUCCCUUCACCUAUGCAGCCCCUUAGCUGGGAUCCCAGGGAAGUGAUUGGAAAGAGUAACUGGGAUGUGCUUCUGUUUGCUGUUUAGGGAACCGUGCUGCUGAAAUCGGUGACUCUUUUUCCGUUCCUUAAAAAGGACUUUUUACUGACUGUAUAUUUUUAAGAUGUGAAGUGAACCUAAGAGCAACUGAGAAUGUGGGGAAAAGAGAGAGUGAGGGAAUUUAAGAUCCCAAAAAUGAAAGAUGAUUGAAAAUGGUAUCUGGGGUUGGGGUGUGGCUGACAACAGUGGCAGGGUGAGCAUGCCAGGGGCUCCCUGCACACACCGUGAGCUGAUGGCAGUGCUGUGGGAUGCAUCCCCUGGCCAGAGAGGGACCUCUCCCUGCCCUGGGCUGAAGCAGGACCUGCACCGUCACCCGCCGAGGGCUUUGCAUUGCUGGGGUCACCAGAAGUACAGCCUCCUGCACAGGCAGGUGGUUGCAGAAGAGGUGAUAUCCAAACUGACAUCCCACAACCCAUUUGUGCUGAUUUAUUUUGUUUUGCAGAGAGACAAGCUGAGGAACUUGGGGGCUGAAUCAUCUUCCCUGCUUUUCUUUCUCUUCCUGAUGGCUCCCCUCCUGCAGUGAUGCUGGUGGCACCAGGGAUGCUUACUUUGCAGUGCAGCACUCAGUCCCCUCAUUCACUUGGUGCAUGUCCCACUCUCAGACAAAUCUGAAGGGUCCUGGUCCUUAGUGAGCAGCGCUGGCCAUGCUUUAGAGACGAAAGGACUUCUUCAGCCUGGAGUGAUGGUGGUUCUGGAUUCAGACACAGCCCACUGCGACCUUGUCCUGUCUGAUGACUGCAAAAGCGUGAAGCGAGCAGACAAGCUGCAGAACAUCCCCAGCCUCCCUCAGAGAUUUGACCCGUGGCGCUGCGUGCUGGGCUGCAAGGGCUACACCUCAGGGAGAUACUACUGGGAGGUGGAGGUGGAGGAUGGAGGAGGAUGGGCCGUAGGGGUCUCUCGAGAAGAUGUGAAGAGGAAGGGCGAGAUUCAGUUCAGCCCAGAGGAGGGCAUCUGGGCAGUGGGGAACUGGGCAGGGCAGUUCAAAGCUUUCACGUUCCCUGAGCACACUCUUCUUCAUGAAAGCCAGGCUCCCACACGGGUCCGGGUCUCUCUGGACUAUGAAAUGGGCCGGGUGGCAUUUUUCAGUGUUGAUGAGAAGAAUCCUAUCUUCACAUUUCCACUGGUAUCAUUCGAUGGGUUCAGAGUCCACCCAUGGGUCUGGCUGGGUCCUGGUACGUGGCUCAAAAUGUGUCCCUGAUGAAGGGAAGGGAGAAAGAGAAGGCUUCAUAUGGCACUGCCAUAGUUCAUAGACUCAUAGCAAGAUGGAGGUUGGAAGGAACUUGUAGAGGUUUCCACUGCAAUCUCCUGCUCACAGCAGAGCUAACUUCAAAGCUACUUUAGGUAGCUUUGGGCUUUGUUCAGAUGAAUUUAGUAUCUCCAAGGGUGGAGAUUGUGUUACCUCUGUGGACCCAGGGCUGCACCUCCCUCAUGGGGAAGACAGAAUCCUUUAUACAAGAUGACUUUCCCUGAUUGCAGCUUGUAUCUCUGGCCUUUCAUCCUCUUUCUCUACCUGUUGAGCAACACUUCCAGUGAAAAGAGACACUCCCUCAGCGGGGACUGUUUGUAAAAAGUACAGAAUAAAGUUAUUUUAGUGGGA